AUGGAUUCUGAUUCCGACUUUUACGGUGAUGAAGAAACCGUCUCGGCCCUUAAGGAUCGGGUAAACGACUUCGAUGUCGUCGGCUGGUGGCAUCGGCAAAACAACAUGACGGAUAAUUAUCCCAAACCAAGCAUCAAGCGCGAACAGCAAACCCAGCAAACUAUCAGUGCCCCCGUCAACAACACCCGCAUCAAACCCCUAUACGACCCUCAUCAAGGUGCCCCAGGAGCCCGCCGACCUUCCGAAACCAUCCCGGACUUCCUCUCCCGCCUCCCGCCCUCCACAAGCGACUGGGAACCCGGCUUUGAUUGGAUCUGGAUCGCGAAUCCAUAUCACCCGCCACCCGAACUCGAACCAGCCCUAGCCCAGUUUCGACAUGCCGCCGAGGAACGACUCGGACUCUUUGCCGAGUUCGAGAAGAUGGCCACGCUUACGGCUGGACGCGAUACAGGCGUUACAGUCAAAGCGCUAGCGGCGCUCCGGCAGGACGUAGCCAAGGAGCGACGGGAAACGGUUAGCGACCUCCGUGAGCUUGCCGAUGCGUGCAAUGUAGUCACGGGGAAAUGGAUGCUGUUUCCACCUCCCGGGGAAGUGGACGCGGUGUGGGCCUGCGUAGCGGCCGCAACGGCGGAGGGGGAACUCGGCACAGCAGCUAAGGUAGAGACGAGAUCACGGGCGGAUAAAGAGCGAUUGGUGUGUGUGUACACGAAGGAUUGCCGGGAGAAGGAGGAUGUGGCGAGGGUGUUGAUUCAGAUGAGGGAGUUGGGGUUGGUGAAGCCAGGUGGGAAGCAGAUUUACUAUAAGUCUGAUGCUUGGACGGAGCUUGGGAUAUACGGCGGCAACAAAUGGGGGAUUGGAGCGUCGAUGUAUUCGUCCAAUGAGAUAUUCGGGUAUACUAAGUUAGUCGUCUCUCGCCGCGCGUGA